AUGUCCAAGUUUUCCCUUCAAGGUCGUACGGCUCUAGUUACGGGAGGUGCAAGGGGCUGUGGACUUGCAUUUGCCCGCGGACUAGCAGAAGCAGGAGCAAAUGUCGCUAUUUUUGACGUAAUACCACCAACAGAGGCAUUCAAUACUAUCGAGAAAGAGUUCGGUGUUCAAACAGCCUUCUACGAAGUCGACGUUUCAUCGGAAGAAUCUCUUCAGGCUGGAUUUUCUCAAUUCCAGAAAGAAUUUGACAAUGCUCUUGAUAUUUGCGUCCCCUGUGCUGGAAUUAAUCGCCACGUUGCUUUCCUGGAAUAUACAUAUGAGGAUCACCACGAUUUGCUCUCGGUGAAUGUUCUUGGUCUAUAUUUCACGGCUCAGUUGGCAGCGAAGCAAAUGAUCGCCAAUGGAACCAAGCAUGGUAGCAUCAUUCUAGUAGCUAGUAUGGCUAGCUAUAUUGCAGUACGCGAUCAGCUUUGCUCGGCCUAUUGUGGCUCCAAAGGCGCAGUCAGAGCUAUGUGCCCUGCAAUUGCAAAAGAGCUUGGCCCAUAUAACAUUCGCGUGAAUACCAUUUCUCCUGGUUAUGUUCGGACAGAGAUGACGGCUGCAUUUUCUCAUCUCAUCGAAGGGUGGGAGGCGAGAUCGAUGAACGGACGGAUUGCCGAACCCGACGAUAUUCAAGGGGCUUGUGUGUUUCUGGCCAGUGACGCUAGUUCUUUUAUUACCGGUCAGGAUAUUCUUGUUGACGGUGGAGUGCAGAGAAUGAGGGAUUCAGCCUUCCUGACUCGGUUGGUGUCUCUACCACUGUCGUUGUUGUUGGAGCGGGGCCAUCGGGCAGAUGGGAUUCAACCAAAGACGAUUGAGACGUUCAAGCAGAUGCGACUGGCAGAUCCGCUCCUGAAAAAUGGAGUUCGAGUCUACGACAUCUCAUUUUGGAAAUCCACAGCAGGCGAACAGCUUCGUCGAACGGGGAGACAGACACACUACCCUGAUCAUCUGGUCGGUGCUUCAGACCCAUACAUUCUGCUUGCUCAUCAAGGAAUGGUGGAAGAGAUCCUGAUCGAUGAUAUGGAGUCGAGAGGCAUUUUCGUAACCAGAUCAAGCCGAUUUGUGUCAUCUGCGCGAGUUGAAGGAUCUGGUAAAUUAGAUGUUACAUACGAAGAUUUAGCAAGUAACACCAUCAAGACAAUCCGGACAGACUACCUUGUUGGAUGCGAUGGAGCUCGGUCAAAAGUCAGGUCGUUCAUCCCCGACGCUGAGCUCGAAGGAGAAAUUACCAAUGCAUCCUGGGGUGUAUUAGAUGGUGUCAUCGAUACCGAUUUUCCUGAUCUCUGGAGCAAAGUGGCCUUGCGCUCCCAUGUCGCUGGGUCAAUUCUGUGGAUUCCCCGAGAGCGAGGAAUGACAAGACUGUACGUUGAGUUGAGCACUACUGCCGGAGAAAGAGUAGACAAAGCCAAAGCAACACAGGAAUAUGUGAUGCAGCGAGCGAAAGAAGCAAUGCGUCCAUUCAAGCUUGAAUGGGAGAAUGUCGAAUGGUUUGGAAACUAUGUGGUCGGUCAGCGCGUCGCAAAGCAUUUCAUGGAUCCAGAUGGAAGGAUAUUUAUAUGUGGUGAUGCUGGUCACUGCCACUCCGCACUCGCAGCGCAAGGUGCCAACACAAGUAUGCACGACAGUUUCAAUCUGGCGUGGAAGCUUAAUCUCGUUAUUCGCGGACUGGCCAAUCCAUCACUGCUAUUAACAUAUGAGGAAGAGAGACGCAAAAUUGCCAAAGAUCUCAUCGACUUCGAUGCAAAGCAUUGCGCUGCAUUUGAAAAAGGCGAAGCAGCUCUAGCGAAAAACUUCGACGACAACAUCCGAUUCAUUUCUGGCGUGGGCGCAGAGUAUCGCACUGGAUUUCUGAGCAAAGAAAGCGUUGAAUCUACUCGCCUUCGGCCUGGCACAUUGCAACUUCCAGCCAAAGUGACCCGAUACAACGAUGCCAAUCCAGUCGAUAUCCAACUUGAUAUUCCCCUUCUAGGUCAAUUCCGCAUCUACGCAUUCGUACCAAACGUCAAGAAAGCACUCAGUUUCCUGAAAUCAUUUAGUAGAAGAAUAUCAGCUGCAAGUCGACUGAGCAAUAUCUCUUCUCAAGCGGACAAGUCAUAUUCCAGAAAACCAAUCGGUUAUGCACCGUCGGAUGAGUUCUUUCAGCUGCAAAGAUACACCGCUAUUUCAACAGUCUUCACCCCUGCGCUGGUAACUCUAUCUUCUAGGUCUGAGUUCGAGAUUGCUGAUAUGCCAGAGAUGCUACAGGCUAGUCGGUGGACUUUGUACCUUGAUGAUGUCGAUCAGCCUUCGUGUACGGAGAAGUGGAUGGGGUCUCUAGAGCACGAAGAGGUCGGAAUUGUGAUUGUUCGACCGGAUGGGUAUAUUGGCAGUGUAGAAAAGUGGGCCUUGAUGGAGGGAGAUGAAGCUGGAAGGUUGGUGGAAGAGUAUUUCUCAUUCAUGAAGUAA